ACCUUCAUAUUAUUAUUAAACAGUGGUACCAGUAAGAAUUAUGCUUGGGCCUCCAGCUCCAGCUCAAUCUUGGCAGAAUUUGGAAGCCUUCAUCUGGAAUUCAUGUAUCUAAGUGAGAUCACUGGCAAUCUUGUCUACAAAGAAAAAGUUUUCAAGAUAAGGGAAGUGCUUAUGAAAUUAGAAAAACCUCAAGGCCUUUACCCAAAUUACUUAAAUCCAAGAACUGCCAGAUGGGGUCAGCAUCACAUAUCUCUGGGUGCUCUUGGAGACAGCUUCUACGAGUACUUAUUGAAGGCUUGGAUCCAGUCUGGUGGGGAAGACCAACAAGCUAGACAAAUGUACGAUGAAGCAAUACAGGGAGUUGAAAAGAAGCUACUUCAGACAUCUAAAAGUGGCUUGAAGUAUUUUGCCGACAUGAGGUAUGGAAGAUUAGAUCACAAGAUGGACCAUCUUGCAUGUUUUUCUGGUGGAAUGCUAGCACUUGGAGCCCAGUCACUCCCAGAUGAUCGCAAAGAGCACUACUUAACACUAGCUAAAGACUUAGGCAACACCUGUCAUGAGUCUUAUGACAGAACUG